AGAAGAAAACCCGACUUGUACGGUAGAGGGGUGGACAAAAAAAAAAAAGCAGAGGAACUACUCCUGUUUACAACAACACAAUGGAGCCAAAAUGGUCAAAUAUCAUCUACAAGCGUGUUUUAUUGACUGGAUUUACGCUAUGUGUUGUAUUAGUCUCAAAACCCACGUCGGCGAUUGACAUACACGCCGACCCUGAGGUGAUGAUGCAGAACGGCACCACGGGGACCCUCCGAUGCACCUUUAAGUCCAGUGAGGUGGUCAGCAGCUCCACGUCGGUGACCUGGAGCUUCCAGUCGAGUCAGCCAGACAAUCAAUUCUCCAAAGCUCCGUACACGAUUUAUUACUUUUCCAACGGGAAAGGGUUUCCGGGACAAGACGAGUUCAAAGACAGAGUGCAGUUUAUUGGAGACAUAAACAAGAGGGACGUGUCGAUACAGCUGAAUCCGGCUCAGUUCAGCGACAACGGGACCUUCUUCUGUGACGUGAAGAACCCGCCGGAUGUCACGGGAACGCCGGCACGGACGGAGCUCAGGGUCGUUCUCAAAGAAUCUCUCCCUCAUAGCAACACCACCAUCAUAGUCGGAGCGGUCUGCGGCGCUUUGCUGCUGCUCGUCCUCGUCGCCGUCGCCGCCUGCGUCGUCAUGAGGGUGCUUCACAAUCGCCAUGACUACGAAGGAUGCACGUCCUUGGAUAGCGUGAGCUCUCAGGCUCCGAAACCACGAAAGAAGGUGGAGUCCAGCCUGGAGGUCUCCAGGUCUACCGGUCCCUCGGGUCCACUACAGGGCCCGGUGAUAUACGCCCAGUUGGAUCACUCAGGCAGCAAAACCUCAUUCCACAAGAUGGAGCCAGUGGUCUACGCUGACAUUCGUAAAAACUGAAGAGGAACCCGGGACCCCCAAAAAAAAUAUAUAUAUACACAGUAAAGUAUCAGACCUCUCUAUCAGCUGCUCUUGGUAAGGGUGGGAAUAUUUCAACAGGGACAAAAAUCGGUGCGGUUUCUUUAUCUUUUUCUUAUUCAUCUUUUGUCCUCCGAAAGCAUGAUGCCGUCGCACGAUAGUAACGUCUCCAUGUGCUUUUCAUUGUAAAGGCAGAAAGAAAAAAAACAAGCAUAAGAAACACUCUUAACGGACUCUACAUCAGCCUUUACAUUCUCAGUAAAAAAAAAAAUACCAACGCUUUCAUUGAUAUCAUUCCACAUAUACAGAUGUUUUUAUUUUGUUCUUUUGUAGCUUUGUGCUUGCAAAAAGGUUCUGCAGGCUGUUGCACCAGCUGAAGAUCGAUCUGAAGUGUUAACGCAAACUAAACCACUCGUACGCAAAGCAAACGUAAGCCAACGUCACCGACUAGUGAAGGGAAUUUAUCCUCCUGCAUAGGAACUAGCUAACGCGUGUUUUGUCCGACUAACAUCCCCUCAUUAUUUAUCGAUUAGUCCUCUGGUGUUUAUUUACUAAGCUGGUAUCAAUAAAAGUCUUAAGAGCAGAAGUCUAAACUUCAACAGAUACAAGUCUCUGUUACAAACGACACACUGUAAGUUGUUUCCUCCUGUGAACGCACCGCAAAAUCACACUUGUGCAGGUCAUAAUCAUCAUGACUAUAAAGGGAUCUAUCACAAAACAAUGUGCUGCCAAAUAAACAUGUUCAUUGUCGAUUAACGGUUAAUUAGGAACGACCAAAGCUGGGCAGAUGCGCUGCGAUUCAUUGAUCUUGUGUUGUCGCGUUAACAAAAACAAAAUCAAGAUUUGUAUUCAAACUAAGGCGACGGCUCCAUCCUCCACAAUGUUUAAAAAAAAAAAAAGGGAAAGGUAGUUUUACUUUGUGCACUUCUACGUGAAGAAAAGAGCAACAUCUCCAUUAAACACUAAACACGACAAUAACACUCCUUCCUAUAAUGUUUAAACCAGCUCUCUGUCGUGAAAAAUGAAUAACGGGCCUUUGGACAACAGCUUUGAGUGGCAUCGCACCGCUUCGCUGCUCAAACAAGAAUUUCUGGCCAGAAGUUGUCUUGACGGCGCGUUUAAUCGGUUAAUUAAUUAAUUAAAGGUUCUUCAUACGAUAGUCAGAGCAUUAAUUAGACAGUGAAGUCCUUCUCUUUCUCCGUUGUGUGUUUUUCAUGCUUUAUGAGCAUGUUAGCGCGCCGCUGAUUAGCUCACGGGCACCGCUCUGCGCCGCUCUCGUACGGCAGUUACAGCUGAUAACGACCCCACCCUCCUGUUUCCUUUCAGGUAAACACCGUUAGCUCUUUUGGCACGGUUGGUCGUUGUUUUCCGCUGUUGGCACUGCAAGCCGGCCAUGUUGAGAGCCACGUGGAGGCAAUCAAAAUACUCUGAAUAUCGAAUUUAGCACCUUUAACUUCUUCUGGUCUGAUUUUCAAAAGUCAACGUCCGUUUACAGGUGUCACAGAGCGGGAGGGGGGAAAAAAAGUGAUGUAAAGCUUUUUACGACUCUUCAGGGAGCUGCGUGAAAUCUGAUACAUUUGACUCGAGUGAUGUCACUUGAGUCGCCGUCAGUAAGGGGGCUGAAGAGUUUACAAAAGGAGAAAAACAUAUCUUGAUGUACGUACUGUACUGCUGCAGGGUAGAGGCUACAUUAGCCGCCACUAGCAUAGCAAGGCCCCCCCCCCCACAUAUUGCAUUGUGGGUAAUACAGGCACCGGGUUUUGACAAGGAAGAAGAAUUGCGUGGAAUAAAUGUAGUACUCUUAAUCAGUCCUGUGUCUAUCCAGCGUUACACCUGCUUAAAAGUUCUCUUAACAUCUUCACUGACUUGUACAGUGAAGCUCGUUUCUGUGAGAUUUAAAUGCUCUUAAAUGACAUUCCAGCCGAGCUUCGUUUUGAAUUGACACAACGCCGGUGCAACAGGCUGCUGCAGCCACAGAUCAUCUCCGCUGCUGGGCACUUCCAUAGUGAUCUUGUUUUGUAGGUUUGACAUUGCCUUCAGUAAACCUCGCAUGCAGUUGUAACAACAUCUACAGAUGAAAACUUGGUACUCUUCAGACGGAAGAAGCUGUCUGAUAUUGUGUUACUGUGAAUGCUUCAGUUUUCUUGUGCAGAGUUCUGGCAUGUUGUCGUGGUACCGUUUUUAAAAAUGGCUCCUGUGUGAUUUUUUUUCACCUCAGUGGAACAUCUGCUUUAACCAGUUGUUUGUUUUUAGUUUUUAUUUUUAAGUGCAUAUGAACAAAAAGGAAAUGCAAUCCGAGUAGAGUUUUUGUGUUUUGCAUCACACUUAAAAAAGUAUUUCUUCCCAUUUGUAAAUGUGAUAUGAUAUAAGUUUUAUUACCUGGGCUUUUUGUCAGCUUAGUUUUGAGUAAUUUAGAAAUAUGCGUUGAAACUAAAUGUUCUACUGAGGUGAAACAUCUUCCCUGAAAAUUGGGAGCUCUCAUUUGUUGGACAAAACGAAUGAUACAUACACUGUUUGCAUGCAAUUUACUAACAUAACAUUCAUUAUUAUGAAAAUAUCAAUUUUCCCAUCCUUGUAUCAUGUAAAAGCUCUUUUUUUUGUUUCCAAACUAAUGGGCCAAAUAUGUAAUACCAACAGUAAUAUUAAAAACAGUUCUUUGCUUUUAAGCUUUAAAAUGCAUUCCAAAUGUAAAUGCUUAUGUUAUACAGUUUGAAGCAUUUAAAAGCCAAAUUUAUGUUUUCAGUUAACAAUGUGGUCAGAUAUUUGUUUUGCAACCAAGUCUUAAUGCCGAAAGCUUCAGCUUGUGAUUCCGAAUGCACCUUGUUGACCAGUAUUUGUAUAUAUUUCUUGCUCAUGUAAGAUAUAGUGCUGUUUACUGUAAUUCAUUCCAGUGUGGUUUGGCUGCAGAUGUCUUUCCAGAGGAGGAAAGCCGUUUGCUGUAGAGGUCUAGAAAGUUGGUGGCAUGCUCAAUGUUUUCUCUUUUGUUUGUUUUUUUUCUUAAUUAUUAUUUGUCAGCGAACACUAGCAUGUACAGUGCCUGCAGGGAGUGUCGAGCCUGUCGAUCCAAAGUGCCGUGAAUCAAACUUUUAUUUAGUUUGAAGCGUGCACAAAAAUACCCCCCCCCCCCCCACACACACACACACACACACACACACACACACAGACGUUUCUUGAGCUUUUUUCUUGAACGGUUGCAUUUAUAUUUAAAUCCAGAAUAUUUUCUUGGCCACUAGGGGGAGGCAGAAACAAAUUGCUGCUAAAUGCUCCACCAGCUAGUCGCUAACGGCGUCCGUCUGCUGUUUAUCGUGCUGAGCAGGUCGUGUUCGGACUUAUUGCAUAAUAUCAAAAUAAAAGCAGAGGCUGGCUGGACUCGAGUCAUUCGUUUGAGAACCACCAAAGUAAUAAUUAUCGCGUUUGUACCAAAUAUCACGACAAUUAAUCAAGAAUGAAGGGAACCUUUCAUUUAAUUAUGAAUAACUCCGGCCAAUAAAAACCUGCAUUCCCCCUUUUUUAUUUAAUUAAAGUUGGACCUCCAGCUUUUGGGGGCUAACCACUUGUACAUUCACAACUAGAAAAAUCUUAAUUCACUCCAUUUUGGCUCGACUCUGGCACCACACGAUGAAGGAACUGUCGCCUUCUAUCUUUUUAAAAAAAAUUUUUUAUUGUUUUGUUUCUACUCUCAGUUUACAGCAUGUAUUUCCGUGUAAUUCACCAAAAAUCCAAAAGAAACCAACCUGUAUGAUACCGACGAACCUUUUUACUGCUGGUCGCUUCGAUAACCGUGUCUAACCGUGACUUUGUUGCAGUGUUUAGUGCUGUUGUAGAAAUUGUGAUGUAAACUAUAAAUUAUGAUUAUUAUUCGGCGUGUUGGUGUCCUGAAGUUCUGGGUGGACGCAGCGUUCACUCCUCUCAUGACGAGUCUUAAAAAGUGCGUGCUUCGUGUUCUUCGAUGGUAAAUAGUUGUGUGUUAUUUGAGAAUUGUUUGGUAUGUUAUGUUGUAAAAUCUGCACUAUGUCUUACAAAUCAAAGACAAACAAAUUCCCUGUGAUCAUUUUGUUUUGUUUUUAUUUUUCGUUCAUCUCCGAGUGACCUUGGCCUCUCUCUCUCUCUCUCUCUCUCUCUCUCUCUCUCUCUCUCUGUUUAACGUCUUUAAAACUGGAAUGUUGUACAUUUAGUGCCUUUUACAUUUCAUCAGCUAACUUGAACACCUGCUCAAAGUAGAGAAAAAAAAAGAUAAGAUUCAUUUAUUUUCCUUUUUAUUGUAUGUAUUUUUUUAUACACAUAAUAUCGCCUCUGUAUCCACUGUUCAAAUUUUAUAUAAAACCUAUUCCUGGCCAAUUA